CUCACCCAGGACUCCAACUAUCUCCAGACACCAGCUGGUCUUGGUGCUCACACUGCUUUCUCUGAGACACCAUCAUGUCAGACACAGAGGAAAUUGUGGAGGAAUACGAGGAGGAGGUGGAAGAAGAGGUCGAGGAGGAAGAGGAUGACAACGAACAGAGGCAAGCGGAGCAUGAAGGAGAGACCAGACCUCGACCUAAAGCAACUUAUGUGCCUAAUAUGGCUCCUCCAAAGAUCCCAGAUGGAGAAAAGGUGGAUUUUGAUGACCUGCAUCGCAAGAGGCUGGAGAAAGAUUACAAUGACCUCCAGACACUGAUUGAGCUGCAUUUCACCAGCCGUCAGAAAGAGGAAGAAGAACUGAUGGCGCUACGUAACCGCAUUGAACGCCGCCGCGCUGACAGGGCCGAACAACAGCGUGUUCGUGCAGAGCAGGAGCGUGAGCGCCAGACGCGGGUUGCCGAGGAAAAAGCAAGGCGCGAAGAGGAGGCAGCCAAACUGCGGGCUGAGGAGGAAGCCAAGAAAAAGAUGGCUUUCUCCAACAAGUCAUUCGGUGGCUACCUGCAGAAGGUGGACCAGAAGAAGGGCAAGAAGCUAACAGCUCGUGAGGAGAAGAAGAAGGCCCUGAUGGAGCGCAGGAAGCCGCUCAACAUCGACCACCUGAGCCAGGAGAAGUUGGUGGAGAAGGCACAGGAGCUCUGGCAGUGGCUCCACCAGCUGCACGCCGAGAAGUUUGAGCUGGCAGAAAAGCUCAAGAGGCAGAAGUACGACAUCCACGUGCUACGAAAUCGUGUCAACGACCAUCAGAGGUGGUCGAAAACAUCGAAGACCUCCCGUGGGGCCAAGGGCAAGUCUGGCGCUUGGAAGUAAGCACCUUGUGGAAGCGCACCACGUUCCUGCUGGACUAUUUGGUCACCAAAUUGUAUGAUAAAAGCUAUCCAAGCAGCUGUGCGUAGAUUGAGUUGGACUGCAAUGAUUCAAGCAAAAUAAAGUCAAGGUUGAAUGAUA